UGAAAACAAGUCUCCAGGAAACGGAAAUGCUGGCCAGUUUGAGCUUGGAGACAGAAUCUGUACGAUACGCGAAGGUCCCCUGAUCUGGGUUCAGACGGUUUGUUACCACGUGCCCAGGAUGCAAUUUCAGGAUUAUAGUGAUGUGGAGCAAUACCUACGCUUUGGCAGGCACAGAGAAGACCAAAAGGAACCCGUGCGCAUAAGAAAAUUGAGCAAAAGGUUCUUCUGGAAAGAGGGCUGCCUCUGGCAUUAUAAUGGCCUAAAGCAUCGCAGAGUCCUGCGCAGUGUGGAGGAAGUUCAGUCUGUUCUCAAACAGUUACACGAUGACAAUAACCACAUCAACAGUAGACCGCUACUCAGUAGAUUGAGGAAGGGUCACCACUGGAAAUCAAUGAGAAAGGAUGUCGAAGACUGGAUUAACAAGUGCCCGAUAUGCAUUAAAAAGAGACGUGCGGCAUGGAUCAGUGCCUUAUCGAAACCGUACUGCCUCUGUUAUGGAUGUGAUUCAACUAGUCAAGAUGAGAGCCUGACAUUUCAUAAGUUCCCUAUUUACCAUAUGGACCGGCUUCACGUUUGGGUCACCUAUGCCAAACGGGACCUCUGGUCUGUUACACAACAGUCUUUUCUGUGCUCCAAGCACUUCACAGAGGACUGCUUUGAUCGCUCUGAAGGAAAGGUGUCUCUUCAACCAGAUGCAGUCCCCACUGUGCCCAUGGCCUCCAACUCUCAGCAGGAGGUGGAGGUGGAGGAGGAGGAGGACGAUGGCCUUCCCCCCAACCCAGAAGAAGAACACAUAGAGCACCCGUACGCAGGGAACCCAGAGAGGCGGGAGAAGGAGGCUGGUGGUGAUCCUGUGUGGGAGAACCGCUCCCAACGCCGGAAGGAGUCAACCUUCUCUAGGUAUGAUGCAGUGGAGAAGUUCCUGACCACCCACACGUAUCCAAAGGAAGCUACAAAGACCCUGAAGAUGACCAUUAGGAGGCUGACAAAGAAAUUCUUUUUGGAAGACGGCGUUCUGUUUUAUCGUUACGGAGACAGACAGCGAAGAGUGCUUCGAAGCCGAACACAGGUCAAUGAAGUGCUCCGACAAUUUCACGACAACAGUGGUCAUUACGGUGUGAAACACACCACGGGCAAAAUUGCUUUCCACUUCUUCUGGGGGACCAUGAUGAAGGAUGUGCGAAUGUGGGUUGGCAACUGCAAGCGGUGUCUGGCGAGGGACGAUUCAAGGCGGAACUUUCACUGCUCUGUCAAUGGUUGCAACAACUUCAACGGGCCGGUAGAGAGAAGCUUGGGUCUGAGCUUUCACCGUGUUUACAAGUUGGCUGCUGUUGACUACAUGAUGAGAAACAAAGCAAACUGUGUUGAGGAGCCUGGCGCAGCGGUUAAGCUGCUCGACCAGCAAUCACACGAUCAUAGAAACCAGAAAAACCGACGCAAAGUGUUGAGGACCAGAGAGGAGGUCCAUGCUACGCUCUCAGAAUACCACAACAACAUGAACCACCUGGAGGCGAAUAAGUGCAUCAAGCUCAUCUCCAAGCACUUCUACUGGGGAUCGCUGAAGGCUGACGUGCGCUGGUGGGUGGAGAAGUGUGAGGUGUGCUCUCCAACGCGCAACCCCCCAACGCGCAACCCCCCUGACCCACAGCCAGAAGAGUCAUUUGCCAAUCUGGCCAGCCCAGAGGGCAGUGAUCACGAACCUCUUAGCCCGAUCCCGGCUUUAAGUCCUUCCUCGUCUCAGGUCCUCAAUCCAACUGUAACCACAAAGCCUGCUAUGGUUGUGCUGAGGUUGGCCCCUGUGAAAGUGUUGCUGGGGGUCAAGUUGUUCCGUGUGAAAGAAGGAGAACCAACGUCGGUGCUUGAUCUUCCUGGGAAUGUUAUCAUUGUUCCCCAGGAGUCACUGUCAGGAACGUUGAAAAAUGGACAGUUUGAGUAUUCAGAGAAAAUCGAUGCCUCAAAAGGAAUACGGCUGUACAGGAAUUUUGUGACACAGUGUGAGAAAGCGGUGGCAUCUUCGAAGAAAAGCAUGGAGGCUAAAUGUGUCGUCCAGUGUGGUGUAUAUGGCCAGAAACAGAACAUGUACCUGAAUGCAGAAGAUCCGCUCACUCAUGUUAUUAAGUUCUAA